UUUCUUAAACACACUUGACCCCCAAUAUAUAUUUUUAACUCUUCUAUUCCCCCCCUCUCUCUCUCAAACUCACAAAAGCAUGCAAAUGAAUCUCAAUACGACCAAAACAAUGCCUUCAACAACAUCAACUACAUCGGAUUUCAUGUUCAGGAUCAGGCAAAAGCCUUAUAAGGUUCAUGUUAUAUCAUGUAGGGGAAGAGCUGAUAAGUUACGCAUGCAAAGAGGGAACACUAAUUUUUACCAAGUGCUUUGUCUCGACCCUGUUGAGAAUGUAGGUUUGGAUGACAUAAAGAAGGCUUAUAGAAGCUUGGUUCUUCGAUACCACCCUGACGUUUGUCCUGCUUCCUCCAAAGAUGAAUCCACGAAAAGGUUUCUGGAACUCCAAAUGGCUUACGAGACACUUUCGGAUCCAAUUUCUCGUAAACUGUAUGAUUACGAAUUGGGUUUAGUUGGAGCUAAGAAUUAUUUUAUGGAAGAGAGAAUAUCGAAAUUUCCGAGAGAUGUUUGGGAAAAACAACUCGACGGAUUAAAGAAACGGUCUCAUGCUAGGAUGCAGAGGAGGUAGAAAUUAAAGGUUUUUGCAUUAAUUUUCUUUUAGAAGAAUAAAGUAUAGAUGCUGGAUGUUUAAGUCAGAUAUUUGUAUUAAUCAUAUUGUUAAUAUACAUUAAUGUCCAUUAUUAGUUAAUCGACAAUUAAGAACCCAAUUUUGUGCACUUAUUGGUGCCUCAGUAUGAGAGUUGAAAUUUAACCAACUUAAUUUUAUAUUGAGCAAAGUGGCACUAAGUCACCCAAAUUGCUAAUUCA